ACUGGGUCUGACUCAAGGUCAAGGAAGCCGACACACCGGUGUACAGAUAAAAUUCUAAGCCUAUGAAUAACACCUGAUCUUGAAAAAAAAAUUGCUCGCCUUUCAUUGGCUAAUGACAUAGGCACAGCUCGUAUAUAAUUCGAUUCAUACCAUUGCCCGUGGGUUUCGCUCUCUAUCGACCGACGAAGACUUCGCUUAGAAACAUGGCUCUCGCAAAGACCCUGAUAUUGGUGCUGGUAUCCAGCGUUUUGAAUUCGGCCGACGCUUUACCGGAUAGUGCGGGAAUAGUGGAGAUGCCAAACGGACUCGCGUAUGGUGGAAUACCCUACGGCAGCGUGAGCGGAAUGGUAGCUAAAUACGGAAAAACGGAAGGCAGAAAUUUCCCCGGCUACAACCCGUCGAAUAAUGCCCAAAUAAACCCACCCGUGGUUUACACCCACAACACCAGAAGUACGGCGGUCCACGUACCUCGCGCAGGGGCUGUCGCCCCCGUCCAGAUCUUCAACCACCCCGGCGUCGUGGCGCCUGGCGUCGUAGGAAUGAUCCACCAAGUCGGCUACUAGCGAUGUACAGUUGUCUGUUUGUCGAAUAAAGUUAUUAUUUAUUUAUCGAAAAA